AUGAAGAUGAAGAUGAAGAUGAAGAUGAAGAUGAAGAUGCGUACCUCGUCUCCCGUCUUCGUCUGCGUCCCUGUCUCGCAUCUUUAUCUGCUGCUUCUGCUGCCGCCGCCGCUGCUGCUGCCCCUUUCCAUCGUGGGCUUCUGCUACGAGAAUGCGGGUCAUGCUGGUUCCAUGUGCAAGACUGGUUGGCUCGUACAGCCUUCCGCGAGCUUCGGGUAUCCUGGCGGGCUGGCCGUGGAAGCUACUUAA